GUCCGGCUUAAUCAAUGUCAGUCUUCAAAUUUAAAAUUUAAAUUUAAAAUGUAAACUAAAAGUGUAAAUUCAAUAAAAUAGAAAAGUAUAAUAAAUAAAUAAAAACAAAUAUGGUUAUUGGUGCAAUAAUACUGACGGGAGCUUCGCUCACAGCCAGCGUGUUAAUUGUUCAAAUGGCCGUGCUGCCGCUAAUGUUUAGAUACAGCAAGACAGUGCAACGGAAGAUGGUUUUUUCUAACUGCAUAAAUUACCCGAAACACAUGGACUUCACGAACCCAGCUAGUUGCAAUGUAUUGGGCGGCAGGAGCUUCAACGUUCAGUUCGUUUCCAAAGUGGAUAACUGUCCAAUCAAAUUAGGUGGCUGGCACAUAGCACCCCGUUCAGUUUUCCGUGAUAUUCUCAGUGUCAACGACAGCCAGACCUUCUGUGACCGUCUCCAGGAAUCCUUGAAGGCAACAGAAAACCCUAUAGUGCUUUACUGUCAUGGUAACUCGAAUCACCGGGGCUCUCCGCAUCGCCUUCAGAUGUACAAAGUCUUCCAAGAUCUGAAUUUCCACGUCAUCACCUUUGAUUACAGAGGUUACGGCGACUCUACUUACGUGAGACCAACUGAGCGGGGAGUGGUCGAAGACGCCCUGAACGUGUAUACCUGGUUGAUGAAUGCAGUGGGGACUCGGAAGAAACCAAUGGUGAUAUUAUGGGGUCACUCGCUUGGAACAGCAAUCGCUUCUAAUUUGGUCGCGAAUCUCGAAGAGUUGUGCCGCAGCACUGGUACAUGUCUACCGCAACCAGACGCCCUGGUCUUGGAGGCACCCUUCAACAAUCUGGUUGAUGAAAUUGAGAAGCAUCCAUUUUCGAAGAUAGUAUCCUGGCUGCCAUACUAUAAAGAUUAUUUCGUGAAGCCGUUCAGUAGUUCCUCGGAAUACGCCUUCACCACCGAUCAGUACUUGAGCAAGGCGAAAGACAUACCGCUGUUGAUUUUACACUCAAAAGGAGACAAGAUUGUGCCGUACAAAUUGGCUGUAAAGCUUCACGACUGCAUAGCAGAGUCGAGGGUCAGCGGUGGAGCUCCUCUUCAGUUCCAGAUGUUCGACAGAGGACACAAUGACCUCUGCGAAGCCCCGGAAUUGCCUGACGUCAUAAGGAAUUUCCUCAAAUGUGUCAAAUAACAGGAGACCUCUGGAGCAACUGUGAUAAAAUAAUUAAAAAAUUGUGCCUUAAAUUUUUAUCAUUUUUACUGUAAAUAUCCUUAAAUAAAAUUAUUUCUUAUGCUGUUUCACGUUUGUAGAUAAAACAAUAUUGUAAUAAAGAAGGUAUUAAAUACAA